UUCUGGAACCUCUCGGGGAGAUAAGAGCCUCUGAGCGGAGGUGGCUGGUGGGGACGGGAGCCCAGAGCAGCGCAGGGUCGGGGAAAUGCCUCACCGGGUGGGUUUGCAGCAGAUGCGCACCGGGUUCUGGCUCCUUGCCGUUACCUUGCCUGGGUCACCUUGGGGAGCUGCGGCUGUUCCAGCUGGGCCGCUGCCGGUGGGGCUGGACCGGCGGUGGGACCCGAUAUGCGGGACGGGAUAGGAUAGGGAUAGGUGAAGCGGUACCGCGGUGUGAACAUUAACCUGCCCUAAGCUGCCACCCACCGUGCCCCACGGCCCUGUCACGGAGCCUCGGCACAGAGGGCAUCAUGGCCACGGCAAACGACAGGGCUGUGCUGCAGACUAUCUUCAACCCCAGCACCCCGUUUGGCGACAUCCCUGGGCUGGACGAGGAGGGGGAAGACGAUGAGGACGCCCAGGGGGACGGAGACGCCUUCCCAGAGGAGCUACUAGAGCAGGUCCGGGACCUGGAGCUGCAGGGGGUCACCGCCGCCGAGUCGGGGGACGUGAGUACAGCCCUGGAGAGGUUCGGUGAGGCCGUGCGGCUGCUGCCCGAGCGCGCCUCGGGCUACAACAACCGCGCCCAGGCCCUGCGGCUGCGGGGGGACGUAGCAGGUGAGCAGCGCCGGGGCGGCGGGCGGCCCCUCGCGACCCCAGCCCGCCCCAACGCCUCUCUCCCCCCGGCCAGGCGCCCUGAGGGACCUGGACGCCGCCAUCCGCCUGAGCAGGGGCCGCGGCCGCGCCGCCUGCCAGAGCUUCGUGCAGCGCGGCCUCAUCCACCGGCUGCAGGGCCGCGACGAGGAGGCGCGGCGGGACCUGGAGCAGGCGGCGCGGCUGGGCAGCGCCUUCGCCCGGCGGCAGCUGGUGCUGCUCAACCCCUACUCGGCGCUCUGCAACCAGAUGCUCUGCGAGAUGCUGGGACGGCUGCGCAAUCCCGGCCACACCGGCAGCGGGUGAGGCGGUUACAACGGCGCUCCCGGCGUGGCCCAGCUGGGCACGUCCCGACUGCCGUUUCCAGGAUCGAGGAUCCCGCUGAGUCCCCGCCGCCUCCUGGCUGACAGCGAGGACAGGAAGUGCGGAAGAGCCGCGCUUCGCCCCAGCUCCGCUCCACCCCAAUAAAGCUCCGUGCCCCUGGC